AUGGACCAAGUCAUCCCUGGGCUUUGGAUUGGUGGUCUCGCAAAUGCACUUGACGUGGAAGGGCUAAAGGCGAGGAAUAUACAUAGUAUUGUGACAGCUAUGCGGGGAAAAAUCACCAUACACGCCACGUUCACUACUCACCAAAUCAACAUCGACGAUAGCGCAGAGGAGGAUGUAUUGGUACAUUUCUUGCCCUCGAUUUCAUUUAUACAACAAGAGUUAGAUAAGGGAUGGGGUGUUUUAGUACAUUGUCAGGCUGGGAUCAGUCGCAGUGCAACAAUCGUAGCAGCCUAUCUGAUGCACUCCCUCAAAAUAGAUCCAACCGGUGCAUUGGAUAUGAUCAGGCAAGUGCGGCCGCAUGUCGAACCAAACGAGGGGUUUGUGGAACAAUUAGAUGUGUUUCACAAGGCCUCUUAUCAAUUUACCCGUCGGGAUAAGGCUAUCAGGAUGUUCUAUAUGGAGAGGACAGUUGGAGAGAUUAUGAAUGGCAGUGGUUCACUACCAGAAAUUGACAUGUUCGCAGACCAUCCACACACGCCUUCCGAGUCAGUGCCGGCGACACCUGUCCGGCCCAGUCGUCGUAUACGAUGUAAGAUGUGCAGACGAGAACUGGCCACUCGGGAGCACAUGCUCGAUCAUGGGCAGUUGGGUCCUUCUACACCAGCCGUACCUUCACUCACUCCUGCUGGCUCACGACGACCGUCCAUGAAUGAUUAUCUGCAGCAGCCCGGCGCUGGCUCCCGACGUUCAUCGGCGAGUCUGAAUGUUUCAAUCUCGCGGCGCCCAUCAACGGGCCAGCCGCGCUCGGGAAUUGGCUCUGGGUCGAAUGGGGCUGUUGAAGGACGGCCAGCGGGGCUGCUAGCACCUGGAGAUCGUGGGAUACUGGAGUCGCUGUCGAUGUCUGCGUUGGAGACUGAGGAUGAGCCGGAUAUGGACGAUACUCAGGAAGGUGGUAUACCUAAUGGGAACGGGCAUGGAAACGGUAGUAUGUCGAGACGAUCUUCAGGAGCUGAUACAAGGCCUUUCAAACCCUCACCGCUCUCCAUGGAAGGUAUCGGCCGAGAUCUAUCAGACGCACUCGAUGCCCUCACUUCUCCAAACCAAGAAGAGGAAGCAGAGAAGGAUUCAAACCCUCUUGGUCCACCACAAAACUUGGAGAUCGCCUCUCGAGCUUCUUUCUCCCAAGAUCAGCCUUCGGUGGCUGCUCCUCCACCUUCAGCGGCGAUGAGCCAGUUUACAAGCCCUACGGAUCUCGCCGCGCAAUUAUUCGCUAAUCCGAAACUGGCGGGUCUUCGUUCACCAGGAGGUACAGGCCCGCCUACUAUGUCUAAUGGGAGUGCAGGAGGAGUUGGGAGAGUGGCGGUGAGCCCGCCUAUACUUGUGAACCCAAAAUGUUCGGGAUACUUCGUAGAACCUAUGAAAUGGAUGGAGCCAUUCCUCGAGUCUGGUGCCUUGGGUGGCAAAAUCAUAUGUCCAAACAAGAAAUGUGGUGCAAAAUUAGGAAACUACGAUUGGGCGGGCGUGUGUUGUAGUUGUAAAGAAUGGGUGACCCCCGGUUUUUGCAUACAUCGAUCCAAGGUGGAUGAAAUAGCAUAA